AACAUACUUUACAUGUACAUAAGUACAUACAGUGCAUAUCCACACUUACACACAUACAUUACACAUUCAUUCUUACACGUAGAAUAACAUCAACUAGGAGCUAUGUCACGAUUCGGAAUGCUCAUACAGGCACGGCCUGUGAUGUCACUGGUGUUCGGUGGUGGUAGCAGAGCGCCACACCUGUGGCCUGCGAAUAUGCGCAUACGUGCAGCUAUGGGCAGUUUCUUAGCGAUAAACAAAAAUUCUCCAGAGAAACAUUACAGCACUUCAGGCGACGAGAAAAAAGGCGACAGUAAGAGAUUCAAGAUAUAUACUCGAACUGGAGAUAAAGGAAAUUCAAUGCUGUUCUCGGGCGAAAGGAGACCUAAAGACGAUAUAGUGUUCGAGGCCUUGGGCGCCAACGAUGAACUUACGUCCGCUAUAGGAGUGGCCCGGGAAUAUGUACUUGACAUUUCUGAGAAACACAAUGGCGAAGGAGAUGUGGGUAAUCUAUGUGCGGUGUUGGAAGACAUACAGUGUGCACUGCAAGAGGUGUCGUCCUGCAUAGCGACGCCCAGGAGCACAGCCUCGGAUAAGCGAGUGGAAAAAACCAGAUUCGACGGGACCAAAGCUGCUUUGCUAGAGGAAUGGAUAGACGAGAUGGAUCAGUCACUGCCCCCUCUGACCGCGUUUAUACUACCAUCUGGUGGCAAGGCAGCCUCUCAUCUGCAUGUGGCCCGGACCAUCUGUAGAAGAGCGGAACGCCGGAUUGUACCGCUUAUGCGAAGUGAAGAUGUGGAAAUGGAGGCCUAUGUGUAUAUCAAUAGACUGAGCGAUUUCCUGUUCGCCGCUGCACGUUUCGUAGCCGUGAAAGAGGGCAAAAGGACGGUGGCGUAUAAGGCAGGCAGAGGGAAAAUUGCGUUGCGAUUCUGACGAUUUUCGAAUAUAUAGGAAGUCACAACAAGUUUGGAGAGUUAAAAAUUCGAGCAGGUGUACAACUAUUCUGAGUUUGUGUUAGCUUGACAUUGCCUACUAUUUUUUUUUAAUAUAGCUCACGACAAGAAUAUAUUUAGGAUUGGGAGUCAAAUCGGAGGGAAUGCGGCCAGUCUGGUGUCGAACUUUUAAAGCUUGCGACUUCAGACAUAUCAUAAAUUAUUAAUAAAACAUGGGUUUCUCCCAGGGUAUGUAGAACCGG